AUGAAAUUUCCAAAUCAUAUUUUCCCUUCUAUCAAUCAUAAAGAGAAUAAUUUGAGUGAAAUUGGCAAUUAUUUUGAAAAUCAAUUAAAUCAAAGUUGGAAAAAGUUUUUGUUGGAUGAACAGAUUCGAAAAGAAGAUCCUUCGAUCGAUGAAAUUAAAGAACAUCUUAAUUGUUUGCAGACAGAAUCCAUACAAAGCUGGAAUGUAUUAAUAGAAUCUAUUACAACAUUCAAUGAACAAUUAUUUGAAAUAGGUUUAAUCUCACGAAUCACUCCGACAAACCUCAUCGCUGUCUUACAACAAAAUAUUGAAAAUAUUCCUUUAAAUAAUGAUCAACUUACAUUACUAGGUGGUACUCUCGUCUGUUGGACAUUAGAGCAGCAGUUAGAAAGAGCCUUGUAUUAUGCUAUUCAUGAUAAAUUAGAAGAUUUUCUAAAGGAAAUCUCAACUAUACCACAUUCAAAUUGGAAACCAUUUGAACAUGUUUCUUGGUUAAUCUUAGAACUGGAAAUGAAUAUAACCAUUCGAGAAAUUCAAACAGAUGUGGCACGUCAUAUGAUGCAAACAAAUAUGACAACAGAUCAAACUAAAGUAAACAAAAAUUUGGUAAUGCAAAUGAAUAUGGGAGAAGGCAAAACGUCUGUUAUUUUACCAAUGUUAGCUGCUAGUUUAGCUUCAUCUAAUUCUAGUUUAGUUCGUAUAGUAGUUCUUAAAUCUUUAUUUCCAACAAAUUAUCAAUCAUUACGAUGUAAACUAGGUGGUUUAUUAAAUAGACGCAUAUUUCCCUUUUUAUGUCGUCGUGAUAUGGAUUUCAAUGACAAACAAAUUAAUCAUAUUUAUAAUCGUUUCAAACAAGGUUUAUAUAAUUGUGAUAUCAUAUUAACUUCACCAGAAGAUAUAUUAUCUUUUGAUUUGCUUACUAUAGAUAAGUGCCGUCGAAAUGAAUUUAAUGUUGGUCAUUGUAUGUUGACAGUUCAACGAUGGUUAAAAUCAUUUGCUCGUGAUGUAUUAGAUGAAUCUGAUGAAAUUCUUCAUGUCAAAUAUCAACUUGUUUAUACUGUAGGUAAUCAACAAAACGUUGAUGGAGGUGCAGAACGUUGGAAUAUUAUUCAGAUAAUACUUCAUUUAGUCAAAAAACAUGCUAUAUCUAUAUCAAAACGUUUCAAUGAACAAGUUUGCUAUAAAUUUCCUCCACGAAAAAGUGCUUUUCCAGAAUUUCGUUUACAAUCACAGCAACCAUAUUCAUUGUUAUGUGAAAUUGUAGCUAAUGAUUGGCUUGAUCAAAAAUCUUAUCGAUAUGAAGAUAAAAAAAUAAUCUUAUCAUUCAUUUUAACAACGAACUCAUCUAUUGAACAACUAGGUAAUAAGUAUUCACAAUAUGAUAUUCAACAAUUUCUUAUUGUUCGUGGUUUAUUAUCAUCAGAAAUUUUAUUAGUUGCUUUUAAAAAACGGUAUCGAGUUAAUUAUGGUGUCACAUCAAAUUCUUCAUUUCAUCGUUUAAUGGCUGUACCAUUUCGUGCAAAAGAUGUUGCUGCUGACAGAACUGAAUUCGGUCAUCCUGAUGUUGCGUUAGUAUUAACACAACUCUCAUAUUAUUAUUCUGGUCUCAGUGAUUCACAGUUGAUUCAAUGCUUUGAUCGUUUGACUGAAAAAGAAACUGAUCCUAGAUCUAUCUAUGAACAAUGGAUCUUAGCCGAAGAGCAAUAUAGUGUACCAACAAGUAUCAAAUUAUGGAAAGGAAUUAAUUUAAAAGAUUAUCAACAACGAACUCAUGAUCUUUUUCCGACUCUACGGUAUAAUAUGAUAGUUAUCGAUUAUUUUUUAAAUAAUUUUGUAUUUCCUCGAGAAGCAAAACAAUUUCCUCAUAAAUUAGUAGCAUCACCUUGGGAUUUAGCGUCAUCUUUACGAUCAAAGAUAGUAACUGGAUUUAGUGGUACUAAUGACACACAAUUAUUGCUUCCAGUUCAUAUUGAACAAUGUGAUUUAGUCGAACUUCAAAAAACUGAUGCCAUCGUUAUUAAUAAUUUACUACAACCAGAAAAUGAAACUUAUGAAUAUUUACCAUUUAAUUCGACCUUGGAAGAUAUUUUAAAUCAAAUAAUAAAUUACAAAACAACUAUUAAUGUUAUUUUAGAUAUUGGUGCACUAUUCAUAGAUGGAACUAACCGAGAUAUAGCUGUUAAAUGGUUAAAUCUAUCCAAUAAAAAUAAGAUUGAUUAUGCUAUUUAUUUUGAUUCAGAUUCUAUUGUUGUUUGUGAUCGUGAAUAUCAUCAUUAUCGAUUUGAAACAUCACCUGCAAGUGAACGACUAGAUCGUUGUGUAUUUUAUUUAGAUGAAAUUCAUACGAGAGGAACUGAUUUUAAAUUUCCAAAUGGCUUUCAAGCUGCAGUUACUUUAGGAAAUGGUUUAACAAAAGAUCGUUUUGUUCAAGCUUGUAUGAGAAUGAGAAAAUUAGGAAAAGGACAUUCUUUAACAUUUUGGAGUUCAAAUGAAGUUCAUCAACAAAUAAUCUCAUUAAGAAAACGUUCACAUAUUAAAAAUAAAAGCAAAUCGAUUCAUAUGUCUGUUAAUCUUAUCGAUAUUCUUCGUUGGGUCUAUGAAAAUACAAAACAAUCAACUUGGGAUGGAUUACAUCAUUGGGCUAGGCAAAGUCUAAGUUUCCAACGAAAAGUUCAUGCAUUUCAAGAAAUUCAAUGGAAUAAUCAACAUCAAUCGAUUACCAGCACAAUGAUGAAAAAAUUGGUUAACGAAUGUUUGGAACCAGAAAUAAUUGACUUGAAACAAAUGUAUGGCCCAGCUAAAAUAUUAGAGACAAUUGAAAAAAUUUAUAUUGCCCGAUGUCAACAAUGUAAUCAUCAUUUAUCAACAAUCAUGGACAAUAUUGUACUAAAACGAUUGUACGAAUAUGGUGGAGAAAAACAACGUCUAUCUCAAUUGCUAGAUGAAGAACAACAACGAGAACUAGAACAUGAAUUGGAAGAAGAACGACAAUUAGCACAACCUCUACCUGCCAAGCCAUGUUGUCCCAGACUAUAUAUGGAAAUCAUUCAAUUGUGCGAUACAAAUACUCAAAUUAUGAAUCUGCCAGGAUUAUCUAAUGUAUUUCAUCCAUUACCACAUGCUUUUACUGGUACCAAAUUUUUUAAGCAGUGUCAGCCAAAUAGCUGGCCAUCAAAUUUUUGGAUCUCUACCGAAUUUCAGCGUGUAACUGAGACAAAAGAAGUAUCGUUAGAUCCAUUUAUGCGUCCUCCACGAUGGAUUGUUGUCUAUCGAAAUCAACAUAUUAUUUUUAUAACUGCUUUUGAAGCUAACUGUUUGAUGAGUUACUUGAAAUUUAACAAAUCACCAGUAACCACCCUACGCUUAUUAUUACCACGUAUUAAGCGAUUUCAAUCAAUAUUUAUCAACACUCCAACUCUCACAAUUCCUUCUCUAAUAGAACCCUCAAAUAGAAUCAUUCCUUACUUCAUAUCAAAUGAAUGGUUAGUUCUGUUAUUUAUCUUCAAUGGUACAUUGUAUUUUGAUACAGUUGACGAGCAAAUAGCUUAUUGUCAAUGUUUAAGUUUAUCCCUAGUGAAACAUCUUGUAAGUAAGAUCUUGGCCAAGAUCUUGGGUACAGAAAUGUGA